AAUUUGGCCGGCAUUCAUUUCCACUCUCAUAUCAAUCCUCUUUAAAAAGUCCACAAACAAUUGCAUCUGAUCAGCUCUACAUUCCCAAUCCUCUCUACUCUUCACCCAAACGAUGGCUAGCGACCUCCAAUCGUACGCCAUCCUCUUCCUCAUCUGGCUCAUCUCCACUGUCCUUGUCCGGACCAUCUUCUCCAAUUUCCGAACCACGGCCCGCCACCAACCGCCGGGCCCAAUAGCUCUCCCGAUCAUUGGACACCUCCACCUCAUCGCUCCCAUCCCUCACCAAGCUUUCCACAAGCUCUCCAAGCGCUACGGCCCGUUGAUGUACCUCCGCCUCGGCUCAGUCCCCGCUGUCGUCGUAUCCAACGCUGACACCGCGAGAGAAAUCCUCAAAACCCACGAGACCGCUUUCGCAUCCCGACCUCAAUCCUCAGCCGUCCGCUACCUCACCUACGGUUCCUCUGACUUCUCCUUCGCUCCCUACGGCCCUUACUGGAAGUUCAUGAAGAAGAUCUGCAUGUCUGAGCUUCUAGGCGGGCGCACGCUCGAUCAGCUCCAGCCCAUCCGCCACGAAGAGAUCCGGCGAUUCUUGCGACUGAUACAUAAGAAAUCUAACGGCGGAGAAGUAGUCAACGUUGGCAAAGAUCUCAUAACGAUGACGAACAACAUAAUAUCGAGGAUGACGAUGAGCCGGAUAUGUUCAGACACAGAAGGGGAUGCAGAGGAAGUGAGGAAGCUGGUGAAUGAGGUGGUCGUGCUGACCGGCACGUUCAACGUAUCGGAUUAUAUCGGGUUGUGUCGGAACUUGGAUUUGCAGGGGCUGAAGAAGAGGUUCGAGGACGUACACCGGAGAUUCGAUGCGAUGAUGGAGAGGAUCAUCAAAGAGCAUGUAGAAGGGAGGAAGAUGAAGAUGGAGAGAGGCGAUGGUGUGAAGGAUAUUCUCGAUCUUUUGCUCGAGAUAUCGGAAGACGAGAGCGCCGAGAUGAAACUGACGAUGGAGAACAUCAAAGCCUUUAUCCUGGUAACCCCAUUCGCCUUGUAUUUUUCGGACCACUUGUGUUCGUAAGCCUCUGGUGGGACCGGGAAGAUGUGGAGCCCCACGUGAUGUAUUCAGAUCAUCCAACCCGUACAUCAGAUGCGUGACCACAUAUUACCCCAGGUUCCUGAAAACCAGAUCAAUACAAAACACAGAGGAGACACAGGACAGGAACAUGUUGGGAACCUGAGUCGCAAACAAACCUAAGUUUUGGUCUGGCCCUUCCUCCAUGCCAGGAAAAACUUCUGAAUGGUCUGGAUUCCAUAUAAACAACACGGUAAAACCCCCACCCAAAACAAGGGUAUGCGUCCCCUUCUCAACUUGUUCCCUGUGCUGUGGCCCACCUAAUUCAUGAUCAUCCAGAAUUUUGGGCG